AUAUCCACCGUUUCUCCGUUCAUGUCGGAGCGAUGUUUCAGCGCGUUUCUGGAGCUCCUUCAGUCCUGCAGCGGCUCGUGUUUACCGGCUGCUGCUGCCGCCGUGUUUACCGGAGAUCACCGGCGGUCUCCGUACGCCACAUUCUGCUGGAGGAUCACGCUGGCGGAUGGCGGACGGCGGUGCUCUCGGUGACCGGGUGUAGAGGAUUCACCAGCGACACAAACACCGGGAAACUUCGGCCGCUUUUAUCAGUUAGGUCUUCAUUCCUGAUGCAACCAAGACGGUCGUUAACGACACCGGAGAAACACGAGCGCGCGGCGGAUAUUCGCUCGGAUGGCGUGUCGUCUGCUGCUGACGGGUCGGAGCUGAAGGCCAGUAAAGUGCAGCAGCUCCGGCAGGUGUUUCAGCAGUACGGAGCGGUCGGCGUCUCCUUUCACAUCUGCAUCUCCCUCAUCUCUCUGGGAAUCUUCUACCUCGCCGUCUCCAGUGGUCUGGAUGUGGCGUCUCUGCUGUGUAAGCUGGGCUUCAGUGAGGCGGUGGUUCAGUCCCGGCUGGCUGCGGGUACGAGUGUGUUUGUUCUGGCGUACGCCGUACACAAGCUGUUCGCGCCGCUGCGCAUCAGCAUCACUCUGGUGUGUGUGCCGCUCAUCGUACGACACCUCAGGAGGACGGGACUGUUUAGGAGCAGGACAUCAGGACCCUGAGACACACACACACACACAUAAAUACACAUAUGCAUACACACACGCUAACAGAUUGAUGCAGAACAGGUACACACACACACACACACACACACACACACACACACACACACACACACACACACACACACUAACAGGACUCGUGAAUGUGUUACCUGUGGUUUAAUCCUCCUCCUCCUCUGUAAUCAGCAGCAGGUUUUAUAAGCUCUUCAUCAGGAAUGUGGUGUGUGUUGGUUCGUCUUCAUGUAAGACAGUCGUGUUCAUUUAUUUAAUAUUAAUCCGCUCCCUCAAACGGCCUCUCGGGAAGUUUUUGCUGACUGUUAAUUUUAUUGAAACUCUGAAUGUGUAUAAUUGUAAAGACAAUGCUAUAUUUGGCUAUAUCUAAUUAUACAAUAAAAUAUUUGAUCUA